AUGGAUCAAAAUUCUAAUUACCUAAAAAUUUGGGGAUUACCAGAAGGAAUUACUGAGCAUGAUGUUCUAUAGAAGAUUAAAGUAAUUGGAAAAGUCAUCAAAAAUAAGUAAUUAAAUAAUGUAUGGUACAUUGUGUUUGAGGAUGAGGUGGAUAAUGAUAGUGUAUAAUAAUAUAUUUAUUUUAUAGGUUGAGUUUUUAUAAAGCAGUUAUCCAUAAUUGUAAUAUAUAAUUGGUACAGAAAUGACACCUUAAGACAUUUAGAAAUUUGCAUCUAUAUUUCCUAAAAUUGAUGAUGAAGAAGUAUAAAGAAAGAAACUUGAAUAAGAAAAGCUUUAAGAAAUUGCAAAAAAGUAGUAAGAAGAUUAAAGAUAGAAAAUGCUACAAUAACAAUAAGAAUUUUUAAAAUAAUAAUAAGAGGAAUAAAGAAAAAAAUAAAUAAAGGAAAAAGAGGAAGCUUUAAAAAGAGAGGAGGAGUUGAAGUAAAAAUUAUUAUCUGAAGCUAAAUAAUAAAUGGAUUAUUAAUAAAGAUUUGUAAAUAUUAUAUAUAUAAUUCUUAGUAAUAGUAAAAAGAAUAAGAAGAUAGACAAUAAAUAUAAUAAUAAUAAGAAUAAGUCUAAUAUUAAUUGGAAGAAUAAAAAAGAUUAGAACUAUUAAGAAUUUAAUAAUCUUAAUCUAAUUCAUAAUUGUACAAUUAAUAAACAUUAGAUUUAUAAAAAGAAAAAAUUAAAGAAGAAUUAGCUUUAGAUUUCGCUAAAUCUUAAUUUUAAUAAAAAUAAUUAGCUGAAUAAAAAGAUUAGGAAUUUAAUUAGAAAAUCUAAAAUUUGAAGAAUAAACUUACAGAAACUGAAUAUCAAUUAUAAUAAUUAAAAGAUAAGUAUAAUAAUUAAUAAGAUAAUUUAUAAAAGCAAUAAAAAGAAAUUUAUGAUUUAUAAACAUCAUUAAACCAUGUAACAUAAUAAAGAGACAAUAUAAUUGCAAAAUUCAAAGAAUAACAAUCAAAUUAAGGUAGCAGCAAUAUUACUCAAGAAGAUGUGGCUUUCUUAGAAUAAUAACAAUAAUAAUAGGAGCCAUCAUCAAUCUAGAAUAUGUUGUUUAAAUUUGAAUUUUGGGUCUUUUUAAUAGGGGUUUGGAUCUUAAGUUAAGUAAUUAAUUUCUUUACCUGAUCCUGAAAUGAUAUAUGAUUUAUCAAAUAUUAAGUAUUUAUUAAUUAUGAAACAGUAAGGAGAUAGUCUGUUUUUCCAAUCCUAAUUAUAUGUUGCAGAAUUGAGUGAUCCUUUGACAAUCUUACAGUUUUUAGGAAAUGAUGAAUUUGAAAGUUAGAAGCAAUCAAGUCAUGAGGAUAAAUUAGAAAUCUCAAAUAAAAGUGAAUAGAAAGUGAAUUCAAACAAAAGUAGGCUUUAGCUGUAAUAAUCUAGUUUAUAGUACUCAGAGAAACAAAGAAAAAUCCUUAUGGAUCCAGUUGGGCAAACAAGGUAUUGGAAAAACAAUUCGGUGUUCAUUUAUAGUAAAUUGCAUAAAGAACAGGCCCAAAAUGGAUUAUAAAAAAAUUAAAACCUGUAGAAACAAAUGAUUAAAAAGAAUUUGAGCAUCUACGUUUAGUGAAAGUACAUCAGGCAUUAACAUGACUUUAGGAUUUCAGAUCCCAGGAGAAGAAAAUUCGAUAAACAGCCUCAAAAUCUUAUAGAAAGAGAAUAGAUAAAAAUUUUAAAGAUUAGAAGUAAUCAUUUAAUGGAAUACCUAUAUAUGAUCCAAAUUUCUAAAUCAAAUUGCAAUAGUACAAUUUAUGA